AUGAAUUUAUUACAGUUGGUCCAACAGGUGGAUAAACUUUCACCAAGAAUUCAAGCCUUAUUAAAAGAAAGUAACCAGUUUAAAUCUAAUGAUAAUCAAACUACUGGAGCCAUAUUUUCACGCGAUACACUAAAGACAAGAUUAACAGACUUGGAAUUUCGAGUAACUCAAGAUAAAGAAACAGAAAAACCCUUCUCAGGAAAGUAUUUGGAUGAAAAAUCCUCUGGAAUAUAUAAAUGUAUAGUCUGUGGCUCUGAAUUGUUUAGUAGUGAAGCAAAAUUUUUUUGUAGUUGUGGUUGGCCCGCAUUUAACAACCCUAUAGGAUGCAAUUGUUUAGUUUCAUCUAUUGAUUUGUCUUCAGGGGCUGUCCGUGUAGAAGUUUCCUGUAAACGAUGCAACGCCCAUUUGGGACAUGUGUUCGAUGAUGGACCGAAGCCUACAGGUCUUCGCUAUUGUAUUAAUUCUUGUGCUCUUACCUUUGAGCCUUCUGUUAACUCUCCGUCCAAUUUGAAUUCAUCAACUAGCUGA